AACUACCAUGGAGUAACAGAGGCUUGAAUUCUCCAAACAGAAUUGUGGGGCCUGAGGGACAUUUAAAAACAUUAUUUCUCUUAUUGCAAUUCUGUAAAGGGGAUGAGAGAUGAGCUAAUGUGAGGGUGAGUAUGUAAUGUUUGGUUCUGGUUCAAAGAGUAUUACCUUCUUUGCAUCCUAGUCAGAGCUUUUUAUCACGCACAGACAGGCAUUUGCUUUUGUGAAAGAAACGCAUCCGUGGCAUUCAGUGUGUAGCUUGACAUGAGAAAGAUCUUCAUAUUAACAUAUAAUAGAUAACAACAAAAUAUUAACCACUUAAUAUCUACAAUACAGCAAUAGAAUAAGCAUUGCAAUUUAAUACACUAGCAUUUCAUUUGAACAAAUGUAUGUAGGCAUGCACACUGACACACACCUACAGCUGAGGUGCAAUAAAUGUCUAUUACUUUCUUUAUGGGUUUCCUUCUCCCAAACACUAAAGAUUCAGCCGGACCAAACACAUGUUAGCCUGCAAAAUGGAGCAAUGUCAAUGACAUCAUCAGUAUGAUCUAAGACUGAGGAAGCAGUUGAGGGUCAGUGCAUCCUCCAGCCAUGGAGUUAGCCAUGUAUGUUUGUGUGUGAGUAACCAUCGCGACAGAGGCAACCAUUUGUGGAUUGAUGUUGUUGCUGUGAAGUUGACCACCCCCAGGAGCAUUAUAUAGAGCUACUGAAUCACCGUGCUUUGACCAGCCAGUCAUUUUGUAUGUCAGUAUUUUGUUUUUCAAGGUCAUGCCCAGUGGAGCGGAGAAUGGCAAAUCGCUGGAGAAACGGACAGAAUGGUGCCAAGCCACAGCUUUUUUUCCUCUUCAACCCAAUGGCUUCCCCUCCCACUGCUGCUGUACCUCAAGCUCAUAUAAGUGUGGGGGGUAUAAAUGGAGGUACGAAAACAGGGAGUGAUUCAGCCAACAAGUGACAGAAAGAGAAGAGAUGGCAGGACAGUGGAUGAUCAUCUUGAUUGGGGUUUCACUGUGGACGACUUGUUCCACAGCUCCAACUGAAUGCCACUUCAACUCUCAAGCUCUGUGUGAGUAUGAAGGAAAGCAAUACUCGUUAGGACAGAGCUGGAUGGAACAGGGGUGCAUACAAUGCACCUGUCUGCACCCUUUUGGGGUGGGCUGCUGUGAAACGGUGCAGCAGCCCGUGGACUUCCCACCUUGGUGCCAGGUGCAGGUUGAAUCGGUCACCUGCAAGGUAAACUUGGUGUUAACCUCUGACCCACGCCUGCCCUGCAUUCCGGGUGAGGGCAACAGUGUGGACCCCAGUCAUGGAGAAAUUAACAUGAAGCUAGCAGAUUUCAACUAGCAAGUCCACAAGGCAGUUGAUUCAUCUGCAAACCAGUACCGUGUUGGUCUAGCUGAGCUUUCAUCAUGCUUCACGUAUAGAAGCUGUAAUUAUGACACAAUAUUUGCACAAUUAUUUGCUUCUGGUCAUGUGCUGCUAUUGUCCAGGGGUUCAUUUCUGCCCCCUGCUUGAAUAAACUGUGUUGGUUUUAUACCUUGACUCACUAUGUAAUGAAAAACCAUUUAAAGCACAGAUUUGAAAUUAAUGGCAAACAAUAUACACAAUAACCACAAUAAACAAAUCCUCAAUUAGCCUGAAAAUUCUUCUUAAAGAAUAAGUGCUGUUUUUGAGUGGUAUUUCUGCAUCCUUCAAUAAAUUGAUUUAAUACAAAUGUAUCUACUCAAUAUAGCAUGGUCAUGAUAUAUAUUACUUAACAUAUUGUAAAUAUCCAGCUUUGCACCUUUAAUAAUAUGUAUUCCAUUUGUAUUUUUUGUUCGUAUUUACCUAAAUAAAAUAUACAACUAA